AUGAAGCUCAAACCGAGCAGCAGAGUGAAGCAUCAUAUCCAGCGAGAGCCGUGCAUCAUGAAGAAGCAGCGAAGCAAGCGUCCGUUCCGAGUCCGCUCUCAGAUCUCACCAAUUUUACUCUCCAAUAAUCUCACUCGCAAGAAGAACAAAGGAGUCUCUGUGAAUUCGACCUCUCACUCUCACUUCGGCGAUGAGGUUUCUUGCAAUUCAAGCAGAGUUACAGUUGAAUCGAAUCCGAGGAAGAGAAAGCUCGAAGACUCAUCGUUUCGGAGAAUCACGAGAGCAUACUACAAGCAGAAGGAGAGAGAGCGGAGAGCAUGUGAAGUAGAAUUGAGUGAAUCUUCUUGUGUGGAGGAGUCUCAUAGCAGGUUCAAAGAAAUUCAAGUCAAUGACGCUUCUACCUUUUCCUCUCUUCACAAAAAUUUAAAUUCAAGGAAAAUUCCCUUGGAGAUUAAAGAAGACGACGCCAUAUCCGUGGCUUCAGGUGUGGAUUCCUGCUUAUCACAUAAAACGACGACAAACAAAGAGACAGAGUUCUCUGAGAUUUCCAAAAACGAUGCAGUUUCUGUUAAUGAGUGUGUCGUAGAGCAGCAGAAGCCGCCGAACAGCUUGGGAGGAGAAGGAGAAAAUGAUGACCUGGCUUGUACGGAGGAGCUGUAUGUGGACGACGGAGUUUCGGAAUACUCGUCUUGUCAGGAGACGGCGUUCUCGGGGAUGCAAUCGGAGAUAUUCCCGGAGAAGUAUUCGUCGGACGACCUCUGUUUCUCUGAUGAUUACACGCCGUCUAUUUUCUUCGAAUCUGGAAGUGAAUUUUCUGAGAAGUCCGUGAGUGAUUCGAAUCCUUCGCAGACUUACUCUCUGUUGCUCCAGUUUAGGCAGCAAUUCUCGCGAUCGAGUUUACCCCUAGAAACUAGAAAAUCGUCAGCCCUUGAAGUGGAGUAUCAAGAGAAUUCCACUUUUGCAACACUGGAAGAUGAGGAAGACGAGGAGAGCUACAAGAGAUUGAGAGAACGAGAGAGAAGGCAAUUGUUUUUGCACGACUACCCUGAAUCGUACCGUACCACCACGGAGCACGGCGAUCUCAUUCUCCAGCAACGGUUGCAGAUGGUGCACUGGAUUAUUGAGCAAUCAACUACAAAGGAGUUUGAGCUGGCGACUAUGUUUCUUGGAAUUAGCCUUCUGGACCGGUUCCUAACAAAAGGGUUCUUCAAGAACAAAAGGCACCUUCAAAUUGUUGGUAUAGCUUGUCUUUCAUUGGCCACCAGAAUAGAAGAAAAUCAGCCCUAUAACUGUGUUAGGCAAAAGAAUUUCUACAUUGGAAACAAUGUGUACAGCAGAUGUGAAGUGGUGGCCAUGGAAUGGCUGGUGCAGGAGGUCCUUAACUUCCGAUGCUUCUUGCCCACCAUCCACAAUUUCAUGUGGUUCUACCUGAAAGCUAUUAAAGCUGAUGCAGUGGUGGAGAAGAGGGCCAGAUACUUGGCAGUGCUGGCACUGUCAGACCAUGAGCAACUUAGGCAUUGGCCGUCAACAGUUGCAGCCACGCUUGUCAUUCUCGCUUCUCUAGAAAGCAAUGAAAUUGUAUCCUAUGGACGAGUUAUUGAGGUUCAUGUGAGAACAAACGAAAAUGACCUACACGAGUGCAUAAAGAGCCUGGAGUGGUUGCUGCAGUAUAUGGACUAG